UAUGCUAUAUGGAUCUUCCUUGUAGUCCAUCGCGGCGACUCCACUGCGCUCCAACAGGGAGUGUGGCCGUUGGACAUCACACCGAUCCUAACAGGGUGGUCAUCAUUCGUGACGCAGCUGUAUCUCACAUGGCGCCUUUGGCGGCUGUCUUCAAGCAAGAUAUUGCUAGGGGUUUUCUCCCUGUUGGCUGUGUGCGGUGUAUCAUUCUCGAUGUCGACUGGAAUCUACACCACCUAUGGAAAGCUGGGUAUACAACAUGACAAGGUGGCAGAGAUCGACAUUCACACUUUGGUGUCUUUAUGGCUCAUCACAACAGUUGUGACAGACGGUGGCAUAACCGGCUGUCUGAGUGUAGCUCUCUUCCGGGCGCGCACCGGAAUCAGACACACCGACCAUCUCAUCAACCAGUUUAUUCGAGGAGCGGUUCAGACGGGAGUCCUUGCUGGGAUUUUCUCUCUGAGCUGUCUGGCGGCCACUUUGUCUGGUACUCAUGCUUCCUGGCCUCUUAUGUUUGUGAUCCCGACCGGGCGCAUAUACACGACCACGUUGCUGUACUCGCUUCUCCUGAGGGAAAACCAGGAAGAGAAUCAUUCCCAAGAGGAACGCAACCGUGUGGGGACAAGCUCGACUCGUGCAAUGCAGCUUACAUCCGCUAUCGAGAUUGGUGAAUCUGAGACAUCUCCUUCCGAUAUUCUGAUGAACCACUGCAAGCCGGACAAGGCUUGAGGAACCGCUACACCUUGACAGCAGCUACCUCCUUCCCGGCGUCUCUGGAUUAAGCGUUGACGAAAUAGAUUCCGUAUCAUCGUAACAGCGCACUAUCGUAACCUGUUAUCCCCAGUUCUCAUACCAUGCCGCCGAAGUUUUGCGUACGUUUUAC